AUGAAGCGCCUAUGUUUUACCAGGGCGUUGGUUGGGUUUGUGCUUGCUUGGGGCGUUUGUGCUGAGGUUCAAGACCAGACACAAUGCCAAACCGAUCUCACUCCUUCACCGUCUGUUAGAGAGGUUGUUGUCUGGGUGAACGAGGAUGGAGUUCCCAUUAAUCCGGAGAGCAAUGAUGCUUCGCCUUCGAUGGCUUUACAUGGAAAUCCUGCGCCUUCAGUAUCGAUUCCCACCGAUGUUUCACGCUUGGAAUUGGCACCGGCUGGCGCGAAGAAGGAUAUCGAUACGACUGAUCGUAAUGUCCCUGCUCCUCCCAAGGGUCAAAAUCCUCGUCCACUGCCACCAGGACCACCACAGCCAGGGCCACCGCUGCCUCCACCACCGCCUGCUCAGGCUGCUCUUCCUCCAGCCGGUCCUCCACCACCACCACCUCCUCCUCCAGCUCCUCCAUCCGUCCCUCCACACCCCGAAAUCCACCCUCAUCCUCACCCACAUUCACACGGCCACCCCAACCCCCAAGGCCCACAUCAAAACCCAAAUCAAAAUGACCACGGCUUCGGCAUUUCCUACUCGCCCUACAAGGCAGACCGCAGCUGCAAGAACCAAGAAGAAGUGAACAGAGAUCUCGACACCCUCUCCCAGUACAACUUCAUAAGAAUCUACGGCACAGACUGCGACCAAACCAAAACCGUCUCAACCGCCGCCCGCAGACACAACAUGCGCGUCUUCGCCGGGAUAUACGACCUAACCGACUUCCCCAACAGUCUCAACGCCUUCGCCGAGGCCGCACCAACAGGACCGAACGGCAAAAAAGACUGGUCAGCCUACCACACCAUCGCAAUCGGCAACGAACUCGUCAACGGCAACACAAACACCCCGGCCGAAGUCGUCUCCGCCGUUAAGCAAGCACGCACCAUCCUUCGCGGACAGGGGUACACCGGCCCAAUCGUCACAGUUGAUACCUUCUCCGUCUUACUCGACCACCCGGAACUAUGCACAGUGAGCGACUACUGCGCCGCGAAUUGCCAUGCUUUCUUCGACGCGACUCAGAGUCCCAGCGGGGCGGGUGCGUAUGCGCUCGAACAGGCGCGUUCGAUCUCUGCUCGUGCGGGUGGAAAACGCACUAUGAUUACUGAGUCUGGAUGGCCGCAUGCUGGGGAUGCGAAUGGGGGUGCUGUUCCUUCUGUGCAGAACCAGGCGGUUGCGGUUGAGAGUCUGAGGAAGAGUUUUGCGGGUAGGGAGCGAGAUCUGGUGCUUUUUACUGCUUUUGAUGAUAUUUGGAAGGAUGAUAAUAGCUUUACUUUCAAUGCUGAGAAGUUUUGGGGCAUUCAUGGUGGUCUUUAG